AUGGCUUCACCUGCAGUUAUCGCGCCCCAGGUCAAUGGCGUCGCACCAUUGUCGCGUCCCGACUCGCCCGCUUCCUCAAUCAAUUCCUCCACGAAGCGAAAACGCGAAUCCAGCGACGACGAUGCGGCCGACCCCAACCGUGCCGAGCCAACCAAGCCAUCCGCUAAUGGCCUGCACUCGUCACAGCAUUGCAAAUCGCUCGUCCGCGACUUUUUUGAUGUUUUACAGAGCUCAUCGCUCUUCAAACGCCCUCUCACCGACACGGUUUCCGAUGGCGAACCCUCUCCGAAAAGAGCGAAAUCGGAAGAUGGCAAGCUCAUCACUAUCGCCGAGAAGGUGACAGACGGCACGUACGAGACACUCGACGACUUCGUUGCCGACGUUGUCCAAGUGGCGAAUGCACAGGUCAACGAGCUCGAGACGGCCACGCCGAGCGAUGCAAACACCCUUGCCAAGACGAUUGCGCUUCGGACCAAGGCAUUGGAGCUGUACAGACAGGAGCUGGCAUAUCCCAACGCACCACCAACGUUCAGCGGGAAACCGGCCCCUAACCAGCCCCAGACGCAGAACACAGGAAAUCUAGCUCUUACCGCUAUCGGCACAGCGCCCACUGCGCGGCCUCUUUUCACCAGCCUGCAACGCAACCCAGCCAAGUCCUUUGCUGGGGCGCCUCUGCCGCGGGGUCUCACAGUCACCAGGAUCCUAUCCGACCUGCCCGCCUCGGGCGAAAAGAGCGGGCGAACGCCCACCCUAGGCGAGCUCUUCCCUUCGCCCCGGAAUCUGCCCCCGCUUCAGCCGCCAAAGGCACCUAAAACGGCCACGAAAAGCAAUGUCUUGACCUUUUACCACCCAGAGCUGGCCGAGAAGUCCAAAUACCGGUCCGGCACCUACUUCUCGUCAACUAUCUCGACUGGUCACUGGUUGGAUUAUAGCAAUGCCACGCCGACCGCGCACGCCAAAACGAAGCGACGAGAGCGGGCGCAGAGCCUGGCAGGCAUCAAGCCAUCCACAACCGAACUAGAGAUGUCCGAGAUGGAGGCGCUUUUCCGCGGCGCCUUUUCUACCUUUGCCCCCUGUAGGGACGACUCGGGUGCUAUUGUGCCCUCGGGCCAAGUGAGUCGCAUAUGGUGGCAGCGUGUCGGCCGGCGCAACUUUUCGAGAAUUGUCGAGGCGGAAGAGCCGGCGGAGGGACCUGAAGCGGUUCCAGCGACCGAUGAAACACUCGAGGUGGAGAUCGACGAAGACACCGUCAAGGCUGCGAUUGACAACUGGGACGAAACAGCGAUUGACCCAAGCUUGGACUAUGCAUUGGGUAAAAAGUCAGACCAUGAGAAGGAGGUAGAUGACCUUCUCGAGGAAGUAUCCGAUCUCAUCGAAACCCUCGCGUCCUACCAGCGCAACCGCAAUCUCACCUUGCCCACAAGCCAAGACCGCUAUUCGGCCGACCCAGUCAAUGGUGACAUGCUCCGGAACGGGCAUCUUUCGCACCAGCCAAGUGAGGAGGAAGCGUCAACCUACGACGCGCUCAAGGCUCAGCUGGCACUCAUCAUCCAGACCCUGCCUCCCUACGCCGUGGCCCGUCUCAACUCGGACAAGCUUGAGGAGUUGGCUGUGAGCACCAGGAUCGAGAUCCGCUCCGAUGAGUACCGCGGGGUAAUGGAAGAAGACGAGCCGGCGCGGCUGGCCCGGUUCGCUGCGCAGGCCGCGACAUCGAACCAGCAGCGCCAGGCGCAGAGGGCGCCGAGCGUGUCAGGACAAUACGCCAACCACCAGUACCAGCAGCAGUUUACACCCUCGGCCCGUCCCGUUGGGAAUGCACCGCAUUUCCCGCAAACACCUGUCCGCCAGGCCCAGAAUAUGUAUCCGCGCGGCCCCUCCAGCGUUCCCAUUCCACAGCCGCACCAACAAGUGCAGCCUCGACCGGCCCCUGGAACACAAUUCCGGCCAAUGUACGCGCCCCAGCUGGCCAAGGCACAAGGGCCGUACGGACAUGCCAACAUGCAACCGCAGUUUGCUGGCACGCCGACGCAACCACGGAUGCAGCAACACCAGCACCCCAACUACAAUAUGGCGCAGGGUAAUGCCCCCAACCACCGUUUCGCGCCCGGUUUCCCGGGAGGGGGUUUCCCACCACACCAGCAAAUCCAACCGCAUCCCCAACACGGACAACCCUCGCCACACCCACAACAGUCCCCUCACCCACCACCCAUGCCGCACCCUCAGCAACCACCGUAUUCACCAUACACCAACGGCGGGCCGAUGCCACGGACCAUUUCCCCGCAAAUCCCACAAAAUCACCAAUACAGCCAGUCCCCAACACCUCCACAGCAACACCAACAGAUCUCUCGUCCACCGCCGCCCUACGGAAGCCCUGGACCGGGCAUACCCCCAAAUGCCGUCCCACGGCAGUACCAGACUGGCUCGCCAGGACCUGGCAUGAUGCAAGGCGAAGGAGGCCCUCCCGGCCCGGGAGGCAAUCGAACACCGUCCAACCUUACGGGUUUUGCCACGGUCAUGCCCGAAGGACAACAGCGGCAGUUGAUGGAGCAGGCCCGGGCCCGGGCUGACGCCGAACAGCGCGCCAGCGGCCAUAUGGGCAAGGUCACGCAGGGCGAAGUGGUCGGGCUCGCAGGGAUCGGGCUGGCGGGCCACAUGGACGUGCACAAGGUCGCUGCUGCUAAGAUGCAGCAGCAACAACAGCAGCAACAGCAGCAGCACCACCAGCAGAUGGGCAACAACCACGUUGUUAAUAACAACAGUGUAUCGCCGAGCCCGAAUGUUGCACCUGUUCAACCGGGCGGUGGAGGUGGUAUGGUUGUUAACGGUGCCACGCCUGGCUCCGCCAGUCCGGCACCCCCUCAAUGA